UGGCCUUGUGGGUAACGCGGGGCCGCCAGUUGACAGCUAAUGGCGGCGACCGCCUAAUACGAGUGACCAAGCGGCUGAGCAGGGCGGCAGGGGGCGCGUCACGGAGCCUGGCCUGCCGCCGCUGCACUCCGGACUGCGGCUCACCAGAGGCGCCUGGCUUGACGAGUCAUGGACAGGCCGGUGGCAGCGGCGGCCGCGGCGGCGGCGAGCUGCGAGGGCGCUGGGGGCUCGGGGCCAGGGCCGGCAGCUGGCUGGAGACCAUCUCGGCUUGCGGGGGGCGCUUCGGCCGGCUCCCGGCAGCCCAGCAUGGAGACCCUAGACAGUCCUACAGGGUCACAUGUUGAAUGGUGUAAACAGCUUAUAGCUGCUACAAUUUCUAGUCAGAUUUCAGGUUCAGUGACAUCAGAAAAUGUGUCCAGAGAUUACAAGGUUUUCAGGCGGCCUGAUACCAGGGAGAUAGAGGAAGAACACAAUGGCUACCCUUCUGAAGCUGAAGCUGAUCAGGCUCUAAGAGAUGGAAAUAAACUGGCACAGAUGGAAGAAGCUCCACUUUUUCCAGGAGAAUCAAUUAAGGCCAUUGUGAAAGAUGUCAUGUAUAUCUGCCCAUUUAUGGGAGCAGUGAGUGGAACCCUGACAGUGACGGACUUUAAAAUGUACUUCAAAAAUGUAGAAAGAGACCCCCAUUUCAUCCUUGAUGUUCCCCUUGGAGUGAUCAGCAGAGUUGAGAAGAUUGGCGCCCAGAGCCACGGGGAUAAUUCUUGUGGUAUAGAGAUUGUGUGCAAGGAUAUGAGGAACCUGAGACUUGCAUAUAAGCAGGAAGAACAACGAAAACUUGGAAUAUUUGAAAACCUGAACAAGCAUGCUUUUCCUCUUUCUAAUGGGCAGGUGUUAUUUGCAUUCAACUAUAAAGAAAAGUUUCCAGUUAAUGGCUGGAAAGUUUAUGAUCCAGUAUCUGAAUAUAAGAGACAGGGCUUGCCAAAUGAGAGUUGGAAAAUAUCCAAAAUAAACAGUAAUUUUGAGUUCUGUGAUACCUACCCUGCCAUCAUUGUUGUGCCAACUAGUGUAAAAGAUGAUGACCUUUCAAAAGUGGCAGCCUUUCGAGCGAAAGGCAGAGUCCCUGUGUUGUCAUGGAUUCACCCAGAAAGUCAGGCAACAAUUACACGUUGCAGCCAACCACUGGUGGGUCCCAAUGAUAAACGCUGCAAAGAAGAUGAAAAAUACCUGCAGACAAUAAUGGAUGCUAAUGCACAGUCACAUAAACUUAUCAUCUUUGAUGCCCGACAGAACAGCGUUGCUGAUACCAACAAGGCAAAGGGUGGAGGAUAUGAAAGUGAAAGUGCUUACCCUAAUGCAGAACUUGUGUUUUUGGAGAUCCACAAUAUUCAUGUGAUGAGGGAGUCACUGCGUAAAUUAAAGGAGAUCGUGUACCCUUCCAUUGAUGAGUCACGGUGGCUAUCCAAUGUGGAUGGGACACAUUGGCUGGAAUAUAUAAGGGUGCUGCUUGCUGGGGCAGUAAGAAUUGCUGAUAAAAUAGAAUCUGGGAAAACGUCUGUGGUGAUCCACUGCAGUGAUGGGUGGGACCGAACAUCCCAGCUCACAUCUCUGGCAAUGCUGAUGUUGGACAGUUACUACCGGACCAUUAAAGGAUUUGAGGCUCUCAUAGAAAAGGAGUGGAUAAGCUUUGGACACAGAUUUGCACUGAGAGUGGGCCAUGGUGAUGACAACCAUGCAGAUGCUGACCGAUCACCUAUAUUUCUUCAGUUUAUUGAUUGUGUUUGGCAGAUGACAAGACAAUUCCCUUCAGCAUUUGAGUUUAAUGAAUUAUUCUUGAUUACAAUUUUGGAUCACCUCUAUAGCUGUCUUUUUGGAACCUUCUUGUGUAACUGUGAACAACAGCGUAUCAAAGAGGAUAUCUAUAUAAAGACUAUAUCUUUAUGGUCUUAUGUCAAUAGCCAGCUAGAUGAAUUUUCAAAUCCCUUCUUUGUUAAUUAUGAGAACCAUGUGUUAUAUCCUGUUGCUAGUAUGAGUCACUUGGAAUUGUGGGUAAAUUAUUAUGUACGAUGGAAUCCACGGAUGAGACCACAGAUGCCCAUUCACCAGAAUCUCAAGGAGCUGCUGGCUGUCAAGGCUGAGCUGCAGAAGCGUGUAGAGGACCUGCAGCGGGAGGUGGCCACACGAACCAUCUCAUCUUCUUCUGAGAGGGGCUCUUCACCUACCCACUCAGCCACUCCUGUGCACACCUCAGUCUGAUGGGCAAGGCCAGUGUCCUGGGCCAUCCUACUGCUCUAUUGUCUUCCAGCAGCUCAAGGACCUGGCCAUUGAUGCUAUAUGGUUCUGUCUUGUCAUCUUAGGAUUAGGCCCAGGGACCAUUUGUGUGGCUAGCUGACAGCUCCUAUUGUUAACAAGUACUUCCUUUUUGUGAACAGCCUGUAACACUCUUGAGGGUAGUCUCACAGAGGAGUAACAUGUCACAGUCACCCUGUGAACUACCUUGUCUUAUACAGGUAGCUUGGGAGAAACUAGAUUGAAUACAGUGCAAUAUUUCAGCUUAAGAGAAUCUCAUACCACUUCUUUCCAAGUUAAGUCCUUUGUUAGGAACAACCUGUUAUGUAUGGAACACAUCACCAGCCAUGUCACUGCUCUCAGCCUUUUGGCACAAUUUGAAAACUUUAAAUGAAAUGUUAGUGUGGCAAAUGGACCACUGCCACCUGUUCUACAGUUAUCUUCAUGAAAGAAGUCCUCCUGUACAAUUGGUACAAUAUGUACUGCUGUGUACAUACAAGGUAUUUUUUAAAGAGAAACAUACCUUUAUUUUCCUAUGUCCUUUUUUAUGUUAGAAUAGUUGUCUCAGGAGUCAUCUGCUGAACUGUGAUGUAUGAGAAAUUCUUGCCCAACAGAGUUCAUGCUGACUUUCAUGUGGUACAUUUGAAUUAUGAUUUCAGAUGUGUCAUCUCAGUGGCAAUGUAAUAUUGUCCUCUAAUUCUGGUACUUGCCUUUUGAAGUGGUACAACCCAUUCAUUCCUUGAUAAAGGUAGCAGCAGGUUCCCUCAGGAUAUAGCAAACUGAAUGCUCAGUCCUCUGGCCUUGUUGCAGGUAAACUGAGGACUCAAGCAGUAAUUCUGUGUGUGUGUUGGCCUCCCUCUAUGUCAGCUCUCUAAAGGAUCAAGUCUUGGGAAUUACUCUGGGCAUUGGACCUUGCAUCCUACCACUUGUUAAGAUGUCCAGCACUGGUGUCAGAGCAAGUCUUUCACCUGUUAGAUUCCUGAACACCACAUCUUCAUUUAUCACAAUCUCUUCUCAGUUUAUUCACAUGGCUGCCUGUCUAUACUUUAAAGCAACCAAUGUGCUGAAGCUUUGGUUCAAAAAGCAUAGCAUGCUCUUCCUUGAUUUUCCUUUCUCCGAGCCAGCCUUGGCUAUCUAGGCCUCUCUCCACAGUUAACAAAUGAGCUCUGCUACUCCAUCAGUUCUUCUAGGAAUGAAUUUCCCAUCAGCUCCUCUGUGUACAGUACCAGCAUCCCCAUCCCCACUGCCAUGCCCAUUUUUGCAUGUCACAAGGUCCUUCAGAGUUGGAGAUGUGUUUGAAGCUGCAGAGAGAAGCCCCUGAGCACAGAUCACAGAUGCAUCACAUCUUCUUCUGGUCAUUGUCAAAUCACUGGAUGCCAUGCAGUCUUACACGUUGACCUAGAUUUUCUUUUCUUUUUUUUUUUUUUUUUUUGGUUUUUCGAGACAGGGUUUCUCUGUGUAGCUUUGCGCCUCUCCUGGAACUCACUUGGUAGCCCAGGCUGGCCUCGAACUCACAGAGAUCCGCCUGGCUCUGCCUCCCGAGUGCUGGGGUUAAAGGCGUGCGCCACCACCGCCCGGCUAAAUUUUCAAAAUGUAUUCUUAAAGAGUUUUCUACAACUUCAUUCAUAGAAAAUAGAUGAUUUUUUCAACUUGGAACCUUUGGAUUCUUAUAGAAAACUAUCCAACCAUAAGAUAACCAGAGACAUUUAUUCAAAGUUUGAUAAGCUAAGAUCAAGUCUCCAUUUUUAUCAUCUGGGGGAUUUGUUUCUAACCUAUAGUUUAAGUGAUAUUAGCUUUUGAUUUAUUCUCCUCAUGUAUACAAAACCUUAUUUGUAAAUGGAUAAACUGUCAUACCUGAGAUAGGACUGCUGUGAGUUCAGGGACAGCUUUGGCUAUAUAUUGAGUUCUAGACCAGCUGGGCUAUAUUGUGGAACACUGUCUCAAAGUCAAUACCAAAAAAAAAUAACAUAUACUGCAAUAUUUUUCCUUCAUAUACCUUUUAAAACUGGAAACAUUUACCCAUUUCCCCUAGAAAUACUGUGUAAUUCCCUAGCAAUAACAGGACUAUUAAACAUAGGGUGGACUGGAUGAUGCUUUGACAUCAUCAAACCAGAACCAGAAAAGCCAUGGGGGCUGCUGCUUGGUGAGGUCAGGUAGCCUGGUACAGAUGGCUGGUGGAAUGGGGAUCUGGCUCCUGGUCAAGCCAUGUCCUCCCAGCUGUGUUCCUGCAGCACCCCUAGAAAUUUCCAUUGGAUGUUAAAGAAGCACAAGAGAGUAUUUCCCUUUGUAUGUUUCUAGCACAGAACUGUUUCUAAAACAACUUGAAGUGUAGUUUUCUUAUCUAAGCAAUUCUUUCAUGUUUGUUUUAUUUAAGUACUAGAAUGUAAAACCUUUAAAGUUCAGAUUUUUAAACAACUAGUACAAUAUUGUAUUUGCCUCAUCUGAAGCACUGUAUUCCAACCUGCAGUUAAAAUUAUAAUAUGUUUGCUCCUUG